UGGCAGCGGCCGCCGCGCUGCGGGGCAGGCGGCCCCGGGUGGCGGCAGCCGCCGCCGGGCGCUGAGGGAGCCCGCCGCGGGGCUGGCGGCCAGAGGAUGCCUCUGGCCGCCUACUGCUUCCUGCGAGCUGUGGGCAAGGGCAGCUAUGGGGAGGUGAGCCUGGUGCGGCACCGGCAGGACAGCAAGCAGUAUGUCAUCAAAAAGUUAAACCUUAAGCGUGCUUCCAACCGAGAGAGGAGAGCGGCGGAGCAAGAGGCACAGCUGCUAUCCCAGCUGAAACACCCCAACAUAGUCGCCUACCGAGAAUCCUGGCAGGGGGAAGAUGGGCUGCUGUAUAUUGUUAUGGGCUUCUGCGAAGGAGGAGACCUGUAUCACAGACUCAAAGAGCAGAAGGGCAAACUUCUGCCAGAAAAUCAGGUGGUAGAAUGGUUUGUCCAGAUUGCCAUGGCAUUGCAGUAUUUACAUGAAAAACACAUUCUUCACAGAGAUCUUAAAACUCAAAAUGUUUUUCUGACAAAAUCAAAUAUAAUCAAAGUGGGUGACCUGGGAAUAGCCAGAGUGUUGGAAAACCAGUGUGACAUGGCCAGCACUCUCAUAGGCACACCGUACUACAUGAGCCCUGAGCUCUUUUCUAACAAACCCUACAACUACAAGUCUGAUGUUUGGGCAUUAGGCUGCUGCGUUUAUGAAAUGGCUACACUGAAACAUGCCUUUAAUGCCAAAGACAUGAACUCUUUGGUUUAUCGAAUUAUUGAAGGAAAGCUGCCACCCAUGCCAAAGGAUUACAGCCCACAGCUGGUGGAAAUAAUACAAACUAUGCUCAGUAAAAGACCCGAGCAAAGGCCUAGCGUGAAAAGCAUACUGAGAGAGCCAUAUAUCAAGCACCAAAUUUCGCGGUUUUUGGAAGCCACAAAGAUGAAAGCAGCUAAAAGUCAAAAGAAAACAGCAGAUUCUAAACUUAAAGAUUCUUCCUCUGUGGUCUCAGUGAAGAAUGAAUCUCAUAACAAGAACGUUACACCCCCAGACAGUUCCUUUGAGCAAGGGAGGAAAUGCAGAGUUAAUGAGGAAGACUGCACCAUCAAAUAUAAAGCCAGCAAGUUUUGUCCAUCAGAGAAACCAGCUAUUGAGCUGAAUAUAAAACCAAGCAGUAAUGAUUUGAACAACCUGGAAGGCUCCUUAGCUACGAUUAGUGGAGUGAAUAUUGAUAUCUUACCGUAUGAAAAGAGGAACUUCGAAAGUGAAAAGAGUAGCAGCGAGCAUAUUCCAGAGAGUAAUAAAGCAAAGUAUGUGAAUGUUUCAGGGAAUUCUAAAAUAAUAUCCAGUAGUCCAGUGAUCAAAACUGAUGGAAUACAGAAAAAGACAAAGGAGGCUUUUAAGGAGGUAUGUGUUGAAUCUAAGCAUUCGUCUGUUGAUGCUGUGGAAGAUGAUGAUGACACUUCGAAACUCCUGCAGCCUGCAUCGAAAGACCAAAAGCGAACUGACCUGAGUUUGGAUUCUACUGAAAAACUGCUAGGACCAUUUGUUCCUGUUGUAAUUCAGGAUGUUGUCUGUCAUGGAGCUUCAGGAGAUGCUCAGGAAAAAAUUACCUCUCAAUUACAGCCUCAUGGUUCUGCUCAUGAGCCCUCUCUCUCACGGCAGCGACGGCAGAAGAAAAGAGAGCUAGCUGAAGUCUGUCCAGAGAAGUUCAGAGCAGUUUGUCCUCGGCCUUUACCUUCUCCUACUGAUGUGAAUGUAAAGACAACACAAAGCUGUGCAGAGGAGCAUAUUGCCAAAGUCUCUGAAUCUGCCAAUAGUGCCAAAACCAGACAAGCUGCCAUUUCAAAGGAGCGGCCUUUGUCAGCGAGAGAACGAAGACGGCUAAAACAGUCUCGGGAAGAGAUGUUUCCCUCUGUGAUUCCAGCAAGACGAACAGGAAGUAGUGCAGUAGUUGAAGGAAAAUCACAUAUGGAAAAUCAUGUUAAAGUUGCUCAGUCCUCAUCAGAUCCCAGUAUUUCUCAGAAAAGCAGAGUAACCCAUUGCCUGUCUGAUGAUGAGCUAAGCUCUUCCACAAGCUCUACAGAUAAGUCUGAUGGAGAUUCCAAGGAGAAAAAAAGCAGUAUGAGUGAAGUGAACGAGUUGGUGCAGGUAAUGACUUGGACACUGAAAAUGGACCCGAAGGAGAACUCUGAGUACUCUGUAACCUCAACUCCAGCCCCAGAGUUUAAACUUCAUAGGAAAUACCGAGACACUUUGAUUUUGCAUGGAAAAUCACCUGAUGAAUCAGAGGAAUUCAAAUUCGAAGAGAUUCCUUCAGACAUGUUAUCAGGUUCUGAAAAGAUUAGGAGAAUGGUUGAAGUCCUGAGAUCUGAUGUGGUGCGAGGAUUGGGAGUGAAACUUCUUGAGAGGGUGUACAGCAUUAUGGAAGAAGAAGAUGAAAUGAAGAGAGAGCUGCUGUUGCGGGAGCAUAUGGGAGACAAGUAUGUGAGUUACAGUGUGAAGGCACGCCAUCUGAAAUUUCUUGAAGAAAAUGUGAAGUUCUGACCAGAACCUUUUCCUGAGCAAAGAGGACAAAGCUUUCUAUCUUGUCUGAUAGACUGGACCAGCUUAAAGAGCAUGUUUAUCCUCUGACCUCCUUUGCUGGAUAAACUUGCAAAAAACAUUAUACUUUGUAGUAGCAUUUUUCACAUUAAAAUGCAGACCAGCCUACUGCUUUCUCAGAACAGAAA